AUGAAUCUCUCACUCGUCGAUCCAUUCGCGCUCGCCCAAGACUAUCCCGAUACUCUGACCGGAACAUUACGGAGCGGCCAUGCUGCAUGUCUACGGUUCAGUCGCAAGGGCGAUUAUCUCGCCGCAGGUCGGGUUGACGGUACGGUUAUCAUUUUUGAUCUUGAGACAAACGGGGUUGCCCGCAAACUACGAGGGCACACGAGGCAGAUACAGUCGCUCAGUUGGUCCAGAGACGGUCGAUAUAUGCUAAGCGCAUCGCAAGACUGGAAAUGUAUAUUAUGGGAUUUGAAGGAUGGUUCGCGAGUGCGGAUGGUCCGUUUUGCAGCUCCAGUAUACAUUGCCGAAUUGCACCCUUUUAAUCAUCUAUUGUUCGUCGCCUCUCUCUUCGAAGAACAACCUGUUUUAGUCGACAUCUCAAACCCCAAACCUAUCAAACACAUUCUCCCCUCCGUCCCCCUACGACCCCAGGACGGAGUCGAUCCCGCUGCAGCAGCCAAACAAGCCGCGCAAGACGCGAAACAAUCAACAUGCGUCACAAUCUUUACUGCAUUAGGCAACCAUAUAAUCUCCGGUACCUCCAAGGGAUGGAUCAAUAUCAUCGAAACCCAAACCUGCCGAACCAUACACUCGACCCGCCUCUGCAACGGCGUCAUCAUCCUCAUCCGCCUCGCAAGCAAUGGCCGCGACCUGCUGAUCAACAGUUCCGAUCGCGUAAUCCGCACAGUCCUCAUGUCCGACCUGUCGCAACUAGGCAUGGGCCUUGACCCAGCAAACAUCAAGCUCGACGUCGAGCACAAAUUCCAAGAUGUCGUAAACCGGCUUAGCUGGAACCACGUCUCAUUCUCGUCGACUGGCGAAUUUAUCAUGGCAUCUACAUACAUGAACUCCGACAUCUAUAUCUGGGAACGAAGCCACGGCUCACUCGUCAAAAUCCUCGAAGGGCCGCGCGAAGAAAUGGGUGUCGUGGAAUGGCACCCUUCGCGACCAAUGAUUAUGUCCUGCGGCCUCGAAUCCGGAUCGAUAUACAUGUGGUCCAUAAUCACCCCCCAGAAAUGGUCCGCCCUCGCCCCGGAUUUCGCAGAAGUAGAAGAAAACGUCGUCUACGUCGAACGUGAAGAUGAAUACGACAUCCACCCAGCAGAAGAAGUGCAUCAACGACGUCUCGAUCAGGAAGAUGAGAGUCCCGAUGUCCUUUCUCUAGACCAUAUGAGUAAUGGUGCUGCGCUGGGCGAAAUGGAUAUUGAUACGUUCCGUAUGCCGGUGUUAUUGGAUCUGUCGGAUAGUGAGAGUGAAGAAGAGAUUAUUGCUGUUGGGCCGGGAACUAUGAGGAGACGAAGUCCGGGCGCGGGGAGGGAGUGGAUGAAUACUUCUAAUGAUGGGGCAUCUUCUACGAGAGGGACGCUUGGAAGGGGGAGGAAGAAGUGA